GACUUAACAGUAUUGGAUAUGGCGCAAAACUUUUUAACAGGUACUAUUCCCAUUGGUAUUGGGAAGCUUAACAAGGCAGGAAAGCUUUUCUUUGCAGAAAAUGAAUUAUCAGGGCAAAUUCCGUCUUCCUUAGGCAACAUCUCCCAAUUGUUGGUACUCAGUUUAUAUGCAAACAAUCUAUCGGGGAGCAUACCUUCAACUCUUGGUAAUUGCAUAAACCUGGAAUUCAUAUACCUCCACAUUAAUAAGUUCAGCAGUAGCUUACCGAAACCGCUUUUCAUCUUUCCAUCUUUGAUUGAACUUGACAUUGGAAAUAACUCUUUUACCGAUAGUUUGCCAGUCGAAGUUGGUAACUUGAAAACUCUCUGGAUAUUGAGCGUUUCAAAUAACAAAUUGUCAGGAGAAAUUCCAAGCUGGCUAGGCAAUUGUCUAAGCCUAGAGUAUCUCUUGUUGGAUGGAAACUUCUUUCAAGAAUCAAUUCCUCCAAUAUUUAGUACUCUAAGAGGCCUUCGAUACCUGGAUCUUUCACGCAACAACCUUUCCGGGGAGAUUCCAAAAUAUCUGGAGAAGCUUGCUCUAGAGUCUCUAAAUCUUUCCUUCAAUAAUUUCAAGGGUGAAGUACCAAAACAAGGGGUCUUUGGAAAUGCCAGUCAAGUUUCAGUGCUCGGAAAUAAUAAGCUUUGUGGGGGUAUUCCAGAAUUAAAUUUGCCUCAAUGCGCUAGCCAAGCUUCCAAGAAACGGAGAAAGUCUCUUGCAUCAAAAGUAAAAAUCUCAGUUGUUGCUGUUGUUGUCCUGUGCCUCAUCUUAGUAUCAUGUAUCUUUGCCACUCUUUAUUGGAUAAGAAAGUCAAGAAGGAAACCGGUUGAUGUGCCUUCUGCGGAGGAUCCUUUCGUCACCAUGUCUUAUGCGGAACUCUUUAAAGCAACAGAUGGCUUCUCAUCUGCCAAUUUGGUCGGCACUGGAAGUUUUGGCGCUGUAUAUAAAGGGGCUCUAGAUCGUGAUGGAACUAUGGUAGCAGUGAAACUCUUCAAUCUUCAACAACAAGGAGCUCUAAGGAGCUUCAUGGCUGAAUGCGAAGCCUUAAAAACCAUUAGGCAUCGGAAUCUUGUUAAGAUCUUAACUUGCUGUGUCAGCAUUGAUUUCAAGGGCAAUGAUUUUAAAGCUCUAGUUUACGAGUACAUGCCCAAUGAAAGUCUAGACAAGUGGUUGCAGAGAGAUGGUCAUGAGCAGCUUGGAAGGAACUUGAAGUUUACUCAAAUGCUGAACAUAGCUAUUGAUGUGGCUUCUGCACUGGAUUAUCUGCAUAAUCAUUGCCAAACGUCAAUCAUUCAUCGAGAUUUAAAGCCAAGCAAUAUUCUUCUUGAUGAUGACAUGAUUGCUCAUGUGGGUGAUUUCGGGCUAGCCAGGUUCUUACCUGAGGUUCAAACUAGCUCGGUUGGAAUCAAGGGAUCUGUUGGAUACAUCGCUCCAGAAUAUGCAAUGGGCAAUAAAGCAUCUACACAAGGAGAUGUUUACAGCUAUGGAAUCCUUCUAUUGGAGAUGAUCACUGGAAAGGGGCCAACUGAUGGUAUGUUUAUGGACAAUCUAAGCCUUCAUCACUUUGCUAAGUUGGCUUUGCCUGAACAAGUAAUGGAGAUUGUUGAGCCACGACUGCUUAUAGAAGACAUUGAAGUUACUCAAGGCAAUGGAAAUCAUAUCAAUACAAGAAAUAAAAUGCAUGAAUGCUUGAUUUCAAUGGUCAAAAUCGGUGUGUUAGGCUCUUCAGAGUCUCCAAGAGAACGAAUGUGCAUGAAAGAUGUGGCUUCAGAAAUGCAUACAAUCAAGAACCAGUAUCUCAGGGUCACGAUUCACAGAGACAUCUAAGUUAGAUCACAAAUA